AUGCCUCCAAUACAGCCUGGUGGUGAGAGGGCGGCAGGACCACCACCAGACGUUGUUUGCAUGCAGGCUGAGCCGUCCCCUGCACAACAGGCGCAACACGCCGGCCUCGCUCCGUUUCUUCGGGACAGAUAUCCUGCCGUGAAGGCACAACACCCAGGCGAGGGCAGGCGGAAGUGGCGGCUGCGAGCCGCGGACGCAUUCUGGGCCCUCCCCCCUGACGCGAAGACCGCCUCCCUCUCGGCAGGCGCCGCCGACGCGGACGAGGACGCAGAGUUCGUCUGUGACGACGACCCGCUCGACGCCGCCUCCACAGACGCGCCGGGUCUCGGGAUCCUCGUCCGCACCGACUUCUCGAACGACCAGGCGUGGCACGCGUUUCGCAGCAGGCUCCAGGAGGGCGAGGCGGAGUUCGCCCCCGCGCGGGCACCCGCGGGGGACGCCAUGGAAGAAGACGCAGCAGGCUCCGCCAGCGGGAAUACCCCCGCUCCCACGGCCGAUGACGACGCGAUGAAUGCGGACGAUGACGACGACGAAGAGGACGAAGGGCCCCCCGCUAUCUUCUCCGUCAUCGACCCCUCGCCCGCAGACAGGCCCCGGUGGACGGGGCUCUCGAACCUCGCGGCGCUGCGGCUGCUGAACGACGUGGACGUGCGCCGCGCGCCGCGGCCGGACCCAGGCGCGAAGCGCAUUAGGCCGCCGAACCGGCUGGUGGACCACGACGGCUGGCAGGAGGUGUACGCGGGGAAGACGGUCUGGAUAUACGACGCCCGGUCGAACGCAGACCAGUGCGUGCGGCUUGUGGGCCAGCAGAGCGGCCCAUACGGCACCGCGACGGCGGACAGCUGGCGCGCGCGCGUCAGCCACGUCUGCGAGCUGCAGGUGAACCUUGCCACUGGGGCGAUGACCAUCGAUUUUGGAGGGCUGGACCGGUGGGACUACGAGGAGCGAGUGCGGAACAUGGAGGAGGCCAUGCGGCCGGCGAACUGA